UUCAAGAAAAUGACUCCUCUGAUGUUUGCUGGCUGUGUGACAUGUCUGCUCCUGGGAACAGUGGCUUAUUCUUGGGCUCAGAAAUCGUCUGCAUCUUUACAUUUUAAAUCAGUUCUUGUUGGAGAUGAAGUGACUUUGAAAUGUUUAUAUCAAGGGACUCUGGCAGAUUUCUUCUUCUGGUAUAAACAACCUUUGGGACAGAAACCACAACUCAUGUCUAAGUUUUUAAAUUUGGAGAAAAAUGGAUCUUUUGUGGAUCCUUUCAAGAACGAUCCACGGUUUAAAUUGGAGACAGACACAGACAGAAAUCACUUGAAGAUCUCAAAUGUGGAAAUGUCAGACUCUGCUACUUACUACUGCAUCAGCUCUUUUUCUUACACAUUCACAUUUUUAGAGGGCUAUAGUGUCCAUGUGAAGAACUCUUCUUCUUACAUCCAGACUUCAGUGGAUCAGUCGUCCUUUGAGAACAUCCAUCCAGGAGACUCUGUGACUCUGAACUGUACAGUACACACUGGGAGCUGUGAUGGAGAACACAGAGUUUACUGGUUCAAAGACUCUGAAGACUCUCAUCCAGGACUCAUUUACACUCAUAGAGGCAGGAAUGAUCAGUGUGAGAGAAAGAAGAACACACAAACACACAGUUGUGUCUAUGAGCUGCCCUUGAAGAACAUAACUGAGUCUCAUUCUGGGAUCUACUACUGUGCUGUCGCCUCAUGUGGACACAUACUGUUUGGAAACGGAACCAAACUGGACCUCACAGGUCAGCCAAUCUCUUGGUUGGUCUUUUUCUUAGCUGGAUCUCUGACCAUCAUGAGCGUCCUUGCUUUUUUUUUGGUUUACAAGAUUAAGAAACAGAUGUGUUGCCAGUCUAAAGAUGGAAGCUCAGCAACUUCCUGUACCUCACACAUUAAGGUUAGAUUUUAUCUUAAUAUUAGAAGAAGUUAUGUUGUCUUGCAGGUGGAAGUAAAAUUUUUGUUUUUUUAUUUGCAGAACAAGAACAAAGACUCAGAAAACCUCCAUUAUUCUGCCGUUAAUGUCAAGAGGUCCAACAGAUCCAGAAGACAGAAGAACGACUUGAACACAGACUGUGUUUAUACAACUGUAAGACAACAGAACUGAACCUGGUUCUCAUUAAAUCAGCUGAAGUUAUUUUCUCCAAAACUUUUAACUUUUUUUUUGAUCAUACAUACUUUUGUUUGAAUUGCCCUC